AUGAUUGAAUCUCAAAUAUAUUCUCAUUAUUUGGUAGAUACAACUACAUGACGUAUUUCAGAUUCACUAUGAGCUUUGGUAACAACUGUAGGAGAUGUGAUGUUUAUACACUCAUUUCAAGGGGCAACACUUCUUAGGUUAGGCCUCACAUUUCUCCUAUAUACCAUGUUCAUAUGGUGACCUGAUGUUCUACAUGAAUCCACAUUUAAAGAAUAUCAUAUCAAAGUCAUACAAUUUGGACCUUGAUAUAGUUCAAUUUUGUUUAUCGUAUCAAAAGUAAUGUUCUUUUUUGCUUCUUUUUUUUGGGGGGGGGGGGGGGGAGGGGAUUCUCAUUCUUAUUGACCUACAACAAAGAUCAGAGCUAUUUGGUCCCUAAAAGGAAUUGCAGUUUUCUAUCCUUGGAAACUCUUUCUUAAUAUUAUUAUUCUCCUUUCAUAUGAAGUUGUUGUAACUUGAGAUCAUCAUCUUAUAUGCACAGGGAAGGAAAAACCAACAAUUUACACUUUAAUAGCUAUUAUUUUACUAACUUUAAUAUUCACAGGCUUUUAA